AUGGUCGGGAGGGGAAAGCGUUGUAUGAUAUUCAAUAAGUGCAACUCAUUCGAAGCAAACACGCGCCUGCAUCUCAAUAUUCGACUGACAGUGUCUGGUCACCUGUUUCAUAAAUAUUUGUACUGCUCUGCGCCGCAGUAUUCAAAUGACGGUGGUGACGGCCAGGAAGAAGAAGAGGAGGUGGAUCAAAAUGUCAUCGAAGUGCACAGUUUGGCUCCCACCAAGAGGAUGAACUUGGAGAACACGUUGCUGAAUCUGAUGCAGUUGGACCACAGGCCGCGAAACGAGCAGACGUCUACGGAUGUUUCGACGACGGCCUCCCGCUACAUGCUCACUCUCUACAAAUACAUCAUGAAUUACAACAAAAACAAAAACAACAACAUCGACAGAAGCUUAGAAAGCGAAUUCGAUCCAAUUUUCUGGAAAACCCUUCGAAAUUCUGACACUACAGUCUGCCUCGCCGAUAGAAGAGUUGGAGAGCUUUCGAGCAUUUUUUUAGAUGUUUUCACUACGCUGUUCAAAGUUUUUAAGGCUUAA